GAGUCUGGAAGCAGGAAGCGGCUGCGCGGCGCCGCUGCAGGGCCGGGCUGGCCUUGGGCGCCGGGGCCCCAGCGGGGUCCGCACCCACCGCGUCGCCACCGCUGCCGCUGUCUCCUGCCUCCCGUGCCUGGUCCAGAAAAGGGCGCCAAGGAGGCGUCUGAAAAGAGGGCCCCACGGAUGCCCCCGGGACGAGUGGCCCCGGGCCCACAGCGAACAUGGGCGUGCUCCGCGCCGGCCUGUGCCCGGGCCUCACCCAGGACAUGGUUCAGCUUCUGCGGAGCCGCGGGAUCAAGACAGUGGUGGACCUCGUUUCUGCAGACCUGGAGGAGGUAGCCCAGAAAUGUGGCUUGUCCUAUAAGGCCCUGGUCGCCCUGAGGCGGGUGCUGCUGGCUCAGUUCUCGGCUUUCCCCUUCAAUGGCGCUGAUCUCUACGAGGAACUGAAGACCUCUACUGCCAUCCUGUCCACCGGCAUUGGAAGCCUGGACAAACUGCUCGAUGCUGGUCUCUAUACUGGAGAAGUGACUGAAAUCGUGGGAGGCCCGGGUAGCGGCAAAACCCAGGUGUGUCUUUGUGUGUCUGCACACGUGGCCCAUGGCCUGCAGCAGAACGUUCUGUACAUCGACUCCAAUGGAGGACUCACAGCCUCCCGCAUCCUCCAGCUACUUCAGGCCAGAACCCCAGACGAGGAGGAGCAGGCAGGAGCUCUUCAGAGGAUCCAGGUGGUGCGUGCAUUUGACAUCUUCCAGAUGCUGGAUGUGAUACAGGACCUGCGAGGCACUGUGGCCCAGCAGGUGAGCAGUUCUUCAGGGACUCUGAAGGUGGUGAUUGUGGACUCCGUCACCGCGGUGGUCUCCCCACUUCUGGGAGGCCAGCAGAGGGAAGGCUUGGCCUUGAUGAUGCAGCUGGCCCGAGAGCUGAAGACCCUGGCCCGGGACCUUGGCGUGGCCGUGGUGGUGACCAACCACAUGACCCGAGACAGGGACACUGGGAAGCUCAAACCUGCCCUCGGACGCUCCUGGAGCUUUGUACCCAGCACCCGGUUUCUCCUGGACGUCACCAAAGGCACAGGAGCAUCAGAUAGUCAGCGCAUGGUGUGUCUGAUGAAAUCUCCCCGUCUGCCAACAGGUUUCCAGGAGAUGGUCGACCUUGGGACCUGGGGGACGUCAGAGCAGAGCCCACAGUUACAAGGAGAUCACACAUGACUGUGCUAUUGAUUGGGAAAGGGAGAGGCCUCAAGGCCCCCAGCCCUCCUGUGGAGUAAUUGGGGGUAGCUCUUGGGGCUGCUGAAAAGCUCUCAGGCUGGGCAGACAUCUCAGUCCUCAGCUCCUCUCUCUGGGAACACAGCACUACUGGUGAGAGAGGAUGCUGUUGUGAAAGGGCCCAGAAAUUCAUGCUGGUACUAGGUUUUCUCCCCCUUGUUUCUACCACGUAUGUUUCCAGUGGGAGCCAAGUUCACCUUGGCUUGGGCAUCUCUGAAGAGGCACAUCGGUGACUGGAGGGUGACCCUGUGUGUCACUAUCAUACCUGCGCGCCACCCUAACACAGUGACUGAGCCUGAGGCCUCUAGCUUGCCUUUGUUUCCCUUCUCUUCUAUUUUUUUGUCUCUGUUUUUCCAUCUGUAAAAUGGGGCUCCUUUUCCCUUAGCUCGAUCUUUGAGUUACUGGGUAGAAGUAACCUUGUCAAUGCAAAACUCUUCAUUAUCUGUGUCCCACCCUUAAAAAUAUAAAAAGGAAAUUCCCUGAGCCCCAGAGCCAUCUAAUUUGCCCCCCUCCGAAGGUGGUCUUUUGGUUUCCCCCAGUGACACCCCAAAGAAUGGUUAUUCCUUUUUCCCCUCUUGCUGAUUUAGUUUCACACACCUGUGUGCAUCACCGUGCCUGAGUGAGACCACGAGCUCAUUGCAGUCCCAGGGAUAUAAUUUAACAGGAAGGGAAGAUGUGACCUGCUUGCAGUGAGUCCAGCCACUUGUUUAACGUGCAUGGUGCCCUGUGGGGCCCCUCCACAGUAUAGUGUAACCAGAGGUGCUGAACCAUGGCCUUGCCCAUAAACAGACAGAGGAGAAUUUGCACAGUAAAUAGAGCCAGCUGGGAAAAUUGAUGCUGGCAUAAAUAAUACAUGGCAAAUGUAGUCCUUUAUGCAGAAAUUCAUUGCCUAUGGCUCCAAGAUGCAGUAUAAUUACCCUUCUCUUCCUGCCAGCUGUACCACAGCCUAGUGCCCUAGUGUAUGAAAUAAACCCCCUGUCUGUUAUGGCAUUGUGGCCAUUCAUCUGUGAGCUGUAACCCUGGCUGGGAGCACAGGAGGACACCAGGGAAGGGGAAAUAAAAGUUGAAGGAGAAAUGA